ACCGAAUGAGAGGGCGGUUGGAAAUGACAUCGAAUACAUGUAUAAAUAUACUGCUAGAUCUGAUAUAGAGGCUACUGCCAGUCUAUCAGUACUUUCACUCUGUGACAGCUGUGGACUAGUACUAUUUUCUCAUUGAAGUCGUGUUUCGUGUAUUGGUGUUAUCUAACGCCGACCCCAGCUACUGAUAUGGAGAGGUAACAAGGUUUGGACAGUGUCCUCGAUUGGUGCGGCCUUUUAUCAAUCACGAACGAGAGAGGAAAUUUUCAGUGUUGAAACUUUCCCUUCUUAUGACGUGAUAUUUACUCAACUUUUUCCUUGAUUUCUUUUCGAAUUUCGAACCUGUGUGGACAGUCGUGUAUUAUGAGAGAAGGAAUCAUAUUUUCUUCUUUUUAUCUGUUCGUUCUUUAUGUCUGCAAUGUUACCGCUGGAAAUCAUUAUCUGAAUGAAUGGGCAGUCGAAAUUCCAGGAGGGUAUGAUGAAGUACAACGCGUCACCAGACUCCAUGGAUACGAUUUGGUGAAGGAGCUCAAGCCUUUUGACAACCACUACCUCUUAACACACUCGGAAGUUCCCAGUCGUUCAAAACGUAGUGCUGACCAUCAUACAAGGCGCCUCCAAACGGACAACCGCGUACACUGGGCAGAGCAACAGGUUACAAAAACGAGAACCAAGCGAGACCUCUUUGAAAAACGAGUCGAUGAGGAGAGAUCGUAUAUCCGCCUUGAUUUCAACGAUCCUCUAUGGCCGAAGCAGUGGUAUAUGAAAGAUGGUGAAGUCCAUGACCCUACGGAACUAAGGUAUGAUCUACACAUCAUUCCGGUCUGGAACAAGGGUAUCACAGGGAAGGGAGUUGUCAUCAGCGUGUUGGACGAUGGUAUUGAACACAACCAUCCAGAUUUAGCACAGAAUUAUGACCCCCGGGCAAGUACGGAUUUGAACGGCAAUGACGAUGACCCCCAGCCAAGAUACGAUCCAACUAACGAAAAUAAACAUGGCACCCGAUGUGCCGGAGAGAUUGCCAUGGUGGCCAACAAUAGCUUGUGUGGUGUCGGCGUGGCCUACAACGCCAGGAUAGGAGGCGUACGUAUGUUAGACGGUCGGGUAACAGACAGCCUUGAGGGCCAGGCAAUCGCCUUCAACCAUAAGUACAUAGACAUAUACAGUGCGUCAUGGGGGCCAAACGAUGACGGUGCAACAGUGGAAGGACCGGGCAAAAUGGCACAGAGAGCGUUUGAGCUUGGAAUCAAAGAGGGCCGUAACGGGAAAGGUGUCAUCUAUGUUUGGGCUUCCGGUAAUGGCGGUCGUUUAGGUGACAACUGUGACUGUGACGGUUACACAGGAAGUAUAUACUCACUGUCCAUCAGCAGCGCAUCCCAGCACCAGAUGACCCCGUGGUACGCCGAGAAAUGUGCCUCCACCAUGGCAACGACCUACUCCAGUGGGGAGUAUGGUGAUGACCGGGUGGCCAGUGCUGAUCUACACGGAGGCUGUACAGUCCAACAUACCGGUACAUCAGCCGCAGCUCCUUUGGCAGCCGGAAUAUUCGCUCUGGUCCUGGAAGCGAACCCAGAUUUGACAUGGAGAGACAUGCAGCAUCUGGUGGCAUGGACAUCCGAGUACUCUUCCCUUCGGAACAAUUCAGGGUGGAAGCAAAAUGGUGCCGGAUACUGGGUUAACAAUGCUUUCGGUUUCGGGCUCUUGAACGCCGCUAGCUUGGUACAGGAGGCUCACCCACAAACCUGGAAAACAGUUCCAGAGAAAUACGUCUGUACAGUACACUCGAAUUCAAAUUCCAAUUUACCACAGCGACUUCAGAGCGGCUACAAAUUGGACAUCGACUUGACCAGCAGUGGUUGCCAAGGACAGGACAAUGAAAUACGAUAUCUGGAGCAUGUCCAGAUGCAGAUAAAUAUGGACUAUUCCAAGAGAGGAGCUCUGCACAUAAGCCUGACAUCGCCAAGCGGUAAUGAGACGAUGCUGCUGUCUGAAAGAUCGAUGGAUGGGUCGACUGCGGGUUUCCAGAACUGGACAUUUAUGUCUGUGCAGUCCUGGGGAGAGAACCCUACCGGACAAUGGAAAUUGACUAUCAAGGAUAAGAAGAGAGGUGAUAAUCACGGGGUAGUUAAAGGCGUUACCCUCAUCCUUCAUGGUACCAAGGAGAUGCCCGAUCAUAGACAGAGGGCUGGCGGUCGGCGAAUUUACGACGUAGACUUUCAACCAGCUCACAAUGUCAGACCAUUGGCACACGACAGAACACUUGUGCACUACAAACCACACUUGCAAACACACAAGUCAUUCUCUCAACCUGGCCAGACACCGUUCCCGAGCGUCAGUACGUACCAGAGGCAAUACCAGGAUCUGAUGAAUAAAUUUCGCUUGCUGAGUUGGAAACUAGGCAACUAGGUGUCAAUAAAAAUAUAUAUUUUCCA